AUGCGAGACCUGGGGGUGCUCCAGAAGCCUGGACAUGUUGGCAGCAUGGACAGGGGGGAGCCAUGGAUACCCCAGGACCCUGAAACAGGGACCCCGGACAGUGCUGACCCCUGGGACGCCUGUGAUGCCAAAGUGGAUUUCUCAUUCCCAAGCCUUGGCUGGAUGGAGGAGGAGUCUGUGAGGAAGAGAAAGAUGGCCCGGGACACGCAGGCAGACAAGGAGGUGAGGAUGGAGACCAGGGAGGACAAAUCCCCACAACAGAACCUCGAGGAAGAGGCAGAUUUGAGCGGCUGCACAGGGCAGAAAUCCAAGGCGGAGGAAAAGUCCCAGAGAUCCCACAGGAGGAGGGGCACCAAACCCAGCCCAGGUUGCUCUGAGGUGAAAGGCCGCACCCUGUGCCAGGAGGGUGGACAGAGCUUCAGCCAGAGCAUGGAGCUGGUGGCCCAUGAGCAGCCUCAUGAUGGAGAGAAGCCCUACAAGUGCUUGGAGUGUGGGAAGAGCUUUAGGCAGAGCAGCACCCUGAUCCAGCACCAGAUGAUCCACACCGGGGAAUGGGCCUACGAGUGUGGGGAGUGUGGGAAGGGCUUGAGGUGCAGCUCAGAACUCGUCACCCACCAACGCAUCCACACUGGGGAGAAGCCCUACGAGUGUCCCCAGUGUGGGAAGAGGUUUCACACCAGCUCCAGUCUCCUCAUACAUGAGCGGAUUCACACGGAUGAGAGGCCCUUCCGCUGCCCUGACUGCGGGAAGGGCUUCAAGUACAUCUCUCAUCUCGCCAGGCACCGGCGCAUCCACACUGGGGAGAGGCCCUACGAGUGUCCCCAGUGUGGGAAGAGCUUCACCCAGAGCUCUGUCUUGAACAGACACCUAUGGAAGCACCGGUAAGGGAAGCCCUGCAAAUGUCCCUGCAGGGAGAGCUUCGUGCCUGGCUCCAGCUUCAUACCCAAUUGGAGGACCCACGUUGGGAAGAGACCUGUGAUCCAUGUUCCCUGUAAUCCAUGCAGGGAAGACACCUGUCCCUUUUCCUGCCCCUGCCAAUGACAUGAUGUGGGAUUGAAGAACAUGAGGAUCUGGCUAGGGCCAUGUCAUUAUAUUCACUCUCUCCUCAGGUCGUUGCCAGGGGCAGGAAAGGGACUCUCUCCCUGAGGAGAAAGGUGUCCUUUCCAGGCAGGAGGAAAUACCUGGCCAGGAAGAGCCAGUGAGUUGUGUUUUGGUUUUCCCUGUAAAUAGUUUUUCUUUUGCCUUCUGUUACAGUAUUGUUUCUGUUCCUGUUUGUUCUUUAUCUCGUUGCUGUCCCCAGUAAAUUGUUCUUAUCCCUG